AUGGACCGCCUCGUUGAUGAAGUUGAAGAAAUCAGAGGAAAUGUUGUGAACAAGAAGUCAAAGGAGGAGUACGCGUACGGAAUCGUGAAGUUUAUUGUAUGGCUUCAUGCCAACCAGCCUGAGGCAGUCACACCUCUGUUCUGGAAUCUCUUAAAUGGCGUUGGUGGAGAGGACGAAUCGCUGGUCAUAGCAGAAGAUUUUGAAUGA